AAUUUCGUACUAUCAUCCGUUCAUCAGUCGAGAACGUAGUCGCCUCAGUUUCUUCAGUUUGAUUUUACAAGAAUUAACUUUCUUCGAACAGUUAUUUGAGCACCAUGAAAAUAAUAUUUGUUGCAGUCAUCUGCCUAUGUAUCCUGGAGAUAGCACGCGUGGACGGUUUUUGGAGCCGUCGAAGACGACGUCGCCGCCGCCGCCGAUCGUGCUCUGCUGUGAAUUGUGAGUGGGGUAGCUGGCAAAGUUGGGGUGCCUGCUCUAUAACCUGUGGAAGUGGUGGGACGAAAAGGAGAAGUCGAACCAAGAGUACAUCUGCGUCUUGUGGAGGAACGUGUACUGGUUCGUCUCAAGAACAGAGAGUCUGUUCUCCUGGAUGUACUCGUGGUACUGCGGUUCAAGGACGUUGCACAAAUUGUCCUUUUCCCUACACCGGCAACUGCUGCGAACGUCGCUCAUGCUCUGCUGUGAAUUGUGCGUGGGGUAGCUGGCAAAGUUGGGGUGCCUGCUCUAUAACCUGUGGAAGUGGUGGGACGAAAAGGAGAAGUCGAACCAAGAUUAGAUCUGCGUCUUGUGGAGGAACGUGUACUGGUUCGUCUCAAGAACAGAGAGUCUGUUCUCCUGGAUGUACUCGUGGUACUGCGGUUCAAGGACGUUGCACAAAUUGUCCUUUUCCCUACACCGGCAACUGCUGCGAACGUCGCUCAUGCUAUCCUGUAAAUUGUGCGUGGGGUAGCUGGCAAAGUUGGGGUGCCUGCUCUAUAACCUGUGGAAGUGGUGGGACGAAAAGGAGAAGUCGAACCAAGAUUAGAUCUGCGUCUUGUGGAGGAGCGUGUACUGGUUCGUCUCAAGAACAGAGAGUCUGUUCUCCUGGAUGUACUCGUGGUACUGCGGUUCAAGGACGUUGCACAAAUUGUCCUUUUCCCUACACCGGCAACUGCUGCGAACGUCGCUCAUGCUAUCCUGUAAAUUGUGCGUGGGGUAGCUGGCAAAGUUGGGGUGCUUGCUCUAUAACCUGUGGAAAUGGUGGGACAGAAAGGAGAAGUCGAACCAAGAUUCGAUCUGCGUCUUGUGGAGGCGCUGCGUGUACUGGUUCGUCUCAAGACCAGAGAGUCUGUUCGCCUGGAUGUACUCGUGGUACUGCGGUGCAAGGACGUUGCGCAAAUUGUCCUUUCCCAUACACCGGCAACUGUUGCGAACGUCGCUCAUGCAUUCCUGUGAAUUGUGCGUGGGGUAACUGGCAAGAAUGGGGUGCCUGCUCUAUAACCUGUGGAAAUGGUGGAACAGAAAGGAGAAGUCGAACCAAGAUUAGAUCUGCGUCUUGUGGAGGCGCAGCGUGUACUGGUUCGUCUCAGGCACAGAGAGUCUGUUCGCCUGGAUGUACUCGUGGAACUGCGGUGCAAGGACGUUGUGUAUGUCCCUUCCCAUACACCGGCAACUGCUGCGAACAGUUAAUUGAAGAAAACAACUGCGUCAAUCGAUUUACUCUCGUUCAGCCGUGGCGAAGCACCAAAAACCAGAAGGAUUCCGGUCAAGCAUGUGAUUCAAACGCCCUGAUGGCCUACUGGUACCAAUUUACCGGUAAUGGUGGCAACAAAAUGCCAACUGCAUGUGUUGUUGUCGACCGAUGCGGAGUGCACAGUCCAAUAUGGAUGAAUGGAGCUCAUCCGUCUGUUGAUAACGGUAUAGUAACCAGACAAGUUUGCAAGAGUUUAAGCACUAAUGGUGUGACAAAUUGUUGUAAGUGGUCCUCCAACAUUAGAGUAAAAAACUGUGGCGAGUAUUUCAUCUACUCUCUUCCAAAACUCAAUGCUUGUGGGGCAGGUUUUUGCGCAGAUAUCGGUAACAUAUUGAAACAUAAAUGCUGCAAUUUGAACCUUAUGGAGGUCGUUUCUUGA